AUGUCUCGCCAAAAGGAGUACGUCAGUCCAGCAGGUCUUCGCCUGGACGGCCGUCGUCCACUGGAGGCACGGCGCAUGGACAUCGUAUUCGGCACGCUUUCCGCCUGUGACGGCAGUUGCGACAUCACAGUUGGGCAAUCGAAGGUGUGUGCAUCCAUCUUUGGGCCGCGAGAAUCACUUCACAAGCAAGAGGCAAAGCACGAUAAGGUGCUUGUCACGUGCGAGGUGGCUGUUGCCGCUUUCGCUGGAGAAAGCCGUCGCAAUCCGCAGCGGCGUAGCAAGCUCUCGGAGGACAUCGACGCUGCCGUCGUUCAAGUGGCCCGCUCCGUCAUCCUCCUCUCCCAGUACCCCAACUCGCAGAUUCACAUUUACAUCGAGGUCCUUCAACAGGAUGGGAACGAGAAGGUCGCGUGCAUCAAUGCAGCAUGCCUCGCCCUGGUCGACGCAAACGUUGCCAUGCGGGACGUGGUGUGUUGCAUCAGUGUAGGGCUUCUGGACGAGCACAUGCUGAUAGACCUGGCAAACGACGAGCUGCGCUCUCAGUGCCCAGUGAUUGUAGCAGCGUUCACGGGACACGACACGCAGAACAUCAUCUGGCUGGAGACAACUUCGCGGCUACCUCCCGACUCGGUGGCGCGGCUGCUCAAGUGCGCGGAGCAGGGCGCCCAGGAGCUCUUUGAGACAACAAUCCGAAAGUCGCUGGAGGAACACGCAAAGAAGAUCUUGACACUACAAAUCUAG